GAGUACGGUAGUAAUUCUCUGAGCCCAAGAAGCCAGAAGAAGGCGCUGUCUGUCCCCGAUCCUGUCCGAGCUCCGAUCCCACCAUUUCUGAUGGUCAGCCAGCCAGCUGCUUGCUGCUGUUUGUACUGCGCACUAUGAAUCACCAAAUAAAAAUAUUUCAACCUCUGCCUGGUAGCUGUGGGGAAGCUUCGUUGCAGCUGUAAGAACCGAUUGAAGAGUAAUGUUAUGGAUGAUAGGCUAUGGCGCUUGAUAAAACGCUACAGAAAUAGAGAAGAGUCAACCCAUUACUUGCGUGAAAACCUAAAGAGCUCCUUUUAGUAGUCUGCAAGCUUGCGGAGCAAUCUCUCCCCCAAAGUCGGGACAACCUUGCGGUGAGGCUUGUUACCCGUGGGAGCUUCCCCGUGGCAUCGCUGAUCAUGACGGUUUCUAUCCGAGACUUCAGACUGUUCAAGUCGAAGAAGACGUUGACGCGACAAGAGGCCCUCCGAGCUACUGCAUUCCGUGACGCCAUCAAGAAGAGCAAACACAAACGAGCAGCCGCUAAAAUUGUCACUCCGUUCCGGCGAUUUGUGCGUCAAUUCAAGCGGUUGUGGAAGUACUACACCAACCAUCGUCAUGAAGUGAGGACUCCCAUCUUCUUGGUCCUCUGGUUGGGGUGGUUGUUCAUUGGGACCACCUUUUAUGCGUACGCACCCAAGAGCAACCUCGGAUUGGUUCGCGGCUUUUACAUGUCCUUGAAUAUUGGCUACUCCAUUGGUUUCGGAUAUCCUGCUGAGAACUCCCACUCUUACCUCUGGUUCUCCAUUUGGUAUGUCCUCUGUGGAGCUUCCUUUGUCGGUGUGGCUCUUGGUUUCUUUGCCGAUGGGAUUGCAUCCGACAAUCAAUCCUGGUUCACUCGCUUGGAACAACAAAAGAAAAUCGAAGCCGCCAUUCGGAAGCGAGAGACCAAGUUAUUGGGAAAUAUUCGAGCGUGGGUUUACCACUGCCGUCGAGCCCUGCGAGCACUCUCCAUUUGGUUCGUAUUUGUUCUUUCCAUGGUCACGUACUCGACAGUUGCCAUGAGAUGGCCCUUGCGAGAAAGCCUCUACUUUGCCAUUUCCAGUCUCAGCACGGGAGGACACUGGGCCAUACCCCGGGAAGCACCCGAUUGGAUCUUUGGAGUGACGGCAGCACACAUUAUGUUUGGUGUUCCUGUAAUGGGAGCCGCAAUGGCCUCAUUGGCCAUGAUGUUUAUUGAACAGGCGGGUCUUGAUGAAGCCAAAGCAACCAUUGACGAAAUUGUCACUCGAGACGAAAUUGUCUUUUUGCAGGAACUUGGUUUGGAGAACUUUGAUGGAGAAAUUGACAAGUCAGAAUACAUCAUUCUCUGCAUGGUACGCUUGGGGACUGACCCCGGCUUGAUCAAAUACAUCACCGAACGGUUUGCAGAGCUCAACUUUUACUCGGGGAGAUCCUUGUCUGUAGCUGAAAUUACCCACGGAGCUUGCCGGUUUGUGGAUGGAAGAAUACGACGGCGGGAAUCCGUCCAACACUCAAAUACCUUGCAUACAGUUACCGAACAUGAGAUUGUGUUGCAUGAUGAUGUUGCCGUUUCGGAUUUCUUUCAUGAUGACGAUGAUGCAGAGACCUUUGCUGCCGACUACCGACUCUCCUACCAAAGUAUUCGACAGUCCUUCAUUCCAACCAGUAUACUGGAAGAAUGUGAAGAUGAAGCAGAAGAAAAGGAGGAGGUUUAUGAAGACGACUAUGACAUCAAUAACAACAACAACAAUGUUGAAUCUGCAGUGGAAGUUUUCCACGACGAAGAAGCAUCAACCAAUAGUGAUGACGACGCACCCAACUUCACAACAAGUGUUGAAAGCUCCGAUCACUUUCGAAGCAGCACAGCCAGCUCAGAGGCGUCUUUUCUGAGAAGCCUCGUUGAAAAAUUCGGGCUUCCACUAGCAGGGAGCACACGAUCCAGCUGUACAAAACACAACAAAACAGAUUCCACAACUGCAAGUUCCACUGGUUGCAACGAAGUCGCAUUGGACGAGUUGGAAUGCGGCAACGCCAAUUCACCUCCGAAUCCGAUUCAGAAAUUCUUUCAUGAUUUGAAGCAAGAGUGCCUUCCUUCCGAGUCAAACAGCAUGCUCCCUGCAAAGACGAACCCGAAUUCGGCAAGCAGUGCCGACGACAAUGCUGGAAACCAUCAAUCGCCGUCGUCUUACGAGGCACAGAGCAGGACCAUAUCGCCAAAGCAGGCGCCUUAUGAUGCGACAACAAACGAACGGCAGCAACACAGAAGCUCGAGGAUAGAGCGGCCGCGCGACAAACUACCCCCCGAAACAAGCGAAGAGACGCUGUACAGCGAACGCGAGAGCGCUCCAUUCGUUGCAGAUCCUAUGAACGAACUGAGCAACGAGAAAGCAGGAUACCAGCGUUCUCACGAUGUAGUAUCCUUGGCCUCCAGGUCAACGUUGCGGUCGCCAGCGUCACGACACGACUCCCCAUCGCUGCCAGACCGAGUGAUUACUGCUUCAAAAGACUCCCUCCAUCCUCCAACAGACUUGCUCGAUGUGCCAUUACGCCACCCUCCACCCAACGAAGUCGUAUUUGCGCCCAAAAACUCGCUCCACCCGCAACAUGACCGUGCCGAUAAACCAUAUCUGAACCCGCCUCCACCAGACGAGAGCGAAUUCGUCCCGAAAGAUCCCCUCCAUCCAUUGCCUGAUCCCAUUGAUUCAGUCGUCCACGUGGAAAAGCCUGCUCGAAGAUCCUACGUGAACUACGCUAGCUUUCUCUACAACUCGAGUCAAAACAGUAGAGACGACGCACAAAUGAGGGCAUUGGCAAACAUCAACCAACUAGAAUACGACUUGGAGGCAAACGGACGCACAAUAGACUAGCCAGAGUGCAUCCACUGCAUGAAGUGGCUGAUCUACGGCAGCCACUCAAUUUGCAGUUGCUUGCACAGUUGCGCGACCGUUUGACGAUUGAGGUCACAAGGCAUCCCGACAAUCUCCUAGUAGACCAUACGACUCUCCAGAAGUUGCGUCUUGGAGAAACGUGGACACAAACGAAUCCCUGCGUUAGUGAUCGGAAAUCUUUCGCGGGUAGACCCGGUGGCAAGUCGGUUGAAGCGUUCUUUGCGAGGUUGAAAAAGGAAGGUUGUGAAAACCUCCUCUCUUCUUCCUCCCUGAAAUCAACCGUACGCCAUAGCAGUACUGGUACAAAUGUAGAAUACGACAUUGUUUAACUAUCUAACUCGACUACUUGAUUGAUGCC